GGGUAUAUAGGCACUAUGAUUAGUGUCCAACGUAUCGUUGUCUGCGGCGGGCGUGCAAAAAAAUUAUGCACCUUCUCUGAGACCGGGUCUCAACUGAAAUCCUCCUUGAAGUUCAAUUCGCUUAUGGAUUGGGGCGCUGAACUGGGCCUGCAUGUGGCCAUCUAUUUGGGCUUAGUUUUCCUGUUCUUCGGCGUAGUGCCCGUCGUUUGCUUCUAUGUGCGCAUCGAGAGCCGAACUCUGGCAAAGAUUUGUCCGCCGCGCUGCCAACGCCAGCCCAGGCGAAUCAAUCGCAAUCGCAGUGAUCGCCAAAACACUGUGGAGCUCGGACGUCAGCACAGUCGUUACGGUGAUAUUUUCUACAUUGAGCCAAACAGCCAGGAGGCCGCACGCAUACGAGAGCAGCUGGAGAAGGAUGAGAAGGAUUUGCCCAGCUAUGAAGAGGUGAUGCGUAUGUGCAAUCUAACUACUCCCACGGCAGCUGUGGCACCACCGCCAACGCAACCGCCCAUGAUGGAAUCGAAUGCCAUUGGCAUUGCUGCACUGCCUGCUCCACCAUAUUCAGAGAUCGAUCCGCAUCGAAGCGUUACGACGCCACCUCCCCCAAUUGCCACUGGUACAACUGUCAACACGUCAGAGCCCUCACCCUCUACCUCGCGUGCUGCACAAAUUACCACGUAGCAAUAGCC